AUGAAAAUGCUAAAGACUUCACAUGCCGCAAAAUGGAUUCUGAGAAAUACGAGAGUAUCAAGCGAAAGUCUCACACAGUCAAUAAAACUUCAUUUGAUCACAGAAGCUUGUCCAUUGUGGAUGUCAACUCCCGAGCAAUGCCCAUUCCCUGAUCCCUAUUGGGCAUUCUAUUGGCCAGGUGGGCAGGCUUUGACAAAAUUCAUUCUCGAAAACCCCGAAACAGUGAAAAAUUAUUCUGUGCUUGAUUGGGGUUGUGGUUGUGGAGCCUCUUCAGUAGCUUCUGCGAUUUCUGGUGCUAAAGCGAUUCUCGCUAAUGACAUUGAUAAAAAUGCUUUAUUAGCAACUCUACUCAAUUAUCGAUUAAAUCGAAUUUCUCUCUCAAAUACGGAAUUUUCCUCUAGAAACUUCGUUGAUGAUGCUGGAGUCGAGGAGCUCAGAAAGUUUUUCAAAGAUCCCGAAAAAUCUUUGAUUUUACUUGGCGAUAUGUUUUAUGACAGCGACUUUGCCAGUACGGCUUUCAAAUGGCUCAAGAAGCUCAAACACUUGACAGGAGCGAGAGUUCUCGUUGGUGACCCGGAUCGACAUCCUUUAGCUGAACAACAGUAUUUGGACAGAUACGAAACAAAAUUCACGAAGAGA